UCUUUCUCUAGCCAUCUCCACCGUCUCCGCCCACAAACACCACCUCUACUCCCCACCGCUGCCGCCGUAUACCCAUCAAUUUUGUUAGCUCACAAAGUAUCACAAUCCCCUUUUUGAACAGAAUUUAUAGUAUUGCUUGUUUUUGUUUGUGAGUUUUCUUCAUGGAGUAUACCCUUGAGAUUGGGGCAAGUGGGUCUUUCAAUGUCCAGCGAUCAGCUGCACCAACAUUUCUUUUGAUGAUUGGUGAUGGACAAUCGGCGAAGAGAUUGUGAAUUUGUAUCUUUGAUCACAUAAGAAAGCCUAAAGAAAACUGCACUGGGCUUCUAGGGUUUUUGGUCUGCGGUGUUGGUGUUGGUAGUGGGACUGGUUCUGGCCGUGGACCUCUAUUAUCUACUCAAGCCUUACAAGUUACAACAGUGAUUUAAUUUACAAGGUAUUUUUUAAUUUAUUUUUAAAUCCUAUCAAAUUCAGGAGUACAGUUGUCAUUUCAUACGCAUUUUCCACAUACAUCCAUGACCACUUACGGUAGUUAAUCUAGUAAAUGCUGACCGUGUGAGAUGAUCAAACAUAGUCAGGCCCACAUGGACUUUUCUUAAUUUCUUUUACUCCUUUACCUGGCCCACAUGGACUUGAGUGCCCGCAAAUGUGGAUAUUUCUAACUUUCCGAAAAAAAAAAAGUGGAUAUUUCUAAUGUGGAUAUCUCCGAAAAUGUUCUGAUGACAUGGUCACCAUUUCUUGGGUGAGAUUGGCAAUGGAUAUCUUUCCUUUCAUCAUCUUUUACUCACUAAUCUCAUUCUCCGUCUUAGAAUUCUCCACUGCAGCUGAUACUUUAACUCCGUAUCAAUCAAUCACCAUUGGUGAGAGUUUAGUAUCCUCAGGCCAAAGCUUCGAACUGGGCUUCUUUUCUCCCAGUGGUUCCAAGAACCUCCUGUUCUUGGGAAUAUGGUACUACAAAAUUUCUCCACAAACUGUGGUGUGGGUAGCAAACAGGGAAAACCCAAUUACAGAUUCAUAUGGAAAUUUAACUAUCAGCAACGAUGGAAAUCUUCGACAACUGUGCAAAGUUCAUCCGUUGCACAGCUACUAAAUUCUGGAAACCUUGUCCUCAAAAAGAAGAGUACUGAUGCUGAUACAGAAAGUAGCUACAUAUGGCAAAGCUUUGAUUUCCCAUCAGACACACUUUUACCUGGCAUGAAGCUCGGAUGGAACUUAAAGACCGGCCUAAAUAGAUACUUGACAUCGUGGAGAGAUGCCGCUGACCCAUCUCCUGGAGCCUUUACUUAUGGAGUUGAAAUUACUGGGAUUCCUCAGGUUGUUCUUCGGAAGGGAUCAUCAGAGAAGACGUUCCGCUCUGGGUCGUGGAAUGGAGUUCGAUUUAGUGGUACUGGUUGGGGGUCAAGGACGGUUUUUAAACACAGUUUUAUAUUCAAUGCAGAUGAGGUGUAUUAUAUUGACGAGUCUAGCAAUGAUUCGUAUUUUACAAGACUUACGGUGAAUCAAACUGGUAUUCUUCAACGCUUCAUCCUGAAUGAAGGGAGCUCUGAAUGGACUAUUAUGUAUAUAGUACAGAAUGAUCCUUGUGAUGGUUAUGGACGCUGUGGUGCUAACGGUAUUUGCAGAAUUAACAAUAGGCCAAUAUGUGAGUGCUUGGAGGGGUUCAUUCCAAAAUCACAGGAAGAAUGGGAUCAGCUUGAUUGGUCCAGCGGAUGUGUGAGGAGGACAUUACUGGAUUGCCACAACGGGGAUGGAUUUGUGAAACUCAAAAGUGUGAAAUUGCCAGACCUGUUAGAGUUUUGGCUGAAGGAGAGUCUGAACCUUAAGGAGUGUAAGGCAGAGUGCUUGAAAAAUUGUUCUUGUACAGCUUAUGCUAAUUCAGAUAUCAGGGGAGGAGGCAGUGGCUGUUUGAUGUGGUUUGACAAUUUAGUUGAUAUUCGAGAGUUCAGUGACGGAAAUGGUGACCAAGAUAUCUACAUUCGAAUGCCAGCUUCGGAACUCAAGCAUAAUCAGAAGGAGAAGACACUGGUGCUGAUUGUAGUGGUAUCAACAGUUUCUGGGAUGGUUGUCCUCACCUUGUUAACUUGGUGUAUAAUUAAGACGAGGAGAAAGAAUAUAGGUAUGAAAACUAAGAAUGAAGACAUUGAGUUACCAUUUUUUGAUCUGGCCACUAUUGCAAAUGCCACUAAGAACUUCUCUUCCACAAAUAUGAUCGGAGAGGGUGGUUUUGGUCCUGUUUAUAAGGGUAUAUUAACAACUGGACAAGAAAUAGCAGUCAAGAGGCUUUUGAAUAAUUCUGGACAAGGUGUACAAGAAUUCAAAAAUGAAGUUAUUUUGAUUUCCAGACUUCAACACCGGAAUCUGGUUAGGCUAUUGGGCAGUUGCAUUGAAGGAGAAGAGAGGAUGCUAGUAUAUGAGUACAUGACGAACAAAAGCUUGGAUUAUUUCAUUUUUGAUAAGAAUAGAAGACUAGAGCUUGCAUGGGAAAAGCGAUUUGAAAUUUGCAUUGGCAUAUCAAGGGGACUUCUCUAUCUUCACCAGGACUCAAGAUUAAGAAUCAUUCAUAGAGAUCUCAAAGCCAGCAACAUUUUACUAGAUGAUGAGCUAAGCCCCAAAAUUUCAGACUUUGGGAUAGCAAGAAGUUUUGGGAGAGAUGAAAUUGAAGCCAAAACAAAGCGAGUAAUUGGAACAUAUGGUUACAUGUCGCCGGAGUAUGCUAUUGAUGGGAAAUUUUCAGUAAAAUCUGAUGUAUUUAGUCUAGGUGUGCUUUUACUGGAGAUAGUGAGUGGCAAGAGGAAUAGGAGAUUUCAUCAUCCUGAUCACUAUCAUUCGCUUUUGGGACAUGCUUGGUUGCUGUGGAAUGAACAAAAAGCCAUGGAACUAGUGGAUCCAUGUUUGGAAAAUUCAUACAUUGAAUCUCAAGUACUAAGAUGUAUUCAAGUGGGACUACUAUGUGUUCAGAAAUUGCCCAAAGACAGACCAACAAUGUCAUCAGUUGUUUUCAUGUUGGGUAAUGAAGGUGUAGCAUUGCCUCAACCCAAACAACCUGGUUUCUUUGUAGAAAGAAGUUCCAUUGAUGCAGAGACAUCAAGAGGUGAGAGUUGUCAUACUGAAAAUGAAUUGACAGUAACAACAAUGGAAGCCAGAUAGAAUUUUUUUUUUUUUUUUUUUUUU